AUGCGUGCGUUUCUUAAGUCUUUAGAUGAGCAUGUUUGGGUAAGUGUGCAAAAUGGUUGGAAACCUCCCUCUACUAUCGUAUCAGGAACUGUUAACCUUAUCGAAAUAUCACUAUGGACUAAAGAUGAAAUAGCUGAGUGUAAUUGGAAUAGCAAGGGUCUUCAUGCUCUGUUUAUGGCCGUGUCUCCCGAAGAGUUUAGGAGAGUGUCAAUGUGUGAAACUGCUAAAGAGGUUUGGGACAUUCUUGAAACUACACAUGGGGGAACUAAAACGGUAAAGAACUCUAAGCUACAAAUGCUAACUUCUAGGUUUGAAAAAAUGAGAAUGAAGGAUGAUGAAACGUUUGACGAAUUCUAUGCUAAAUUGAAUGACAUUAUUAAUUCUAACUUCAAUCUAGAUGAGAAAAUUUCCGAAUCUAAAAUUAAAGGAAAGUCCAUAGCCCUAAAAUCCAUCAAAGAAGAUGAAUCUUCUGAUACUGAGUCAUUUAGGGACGAGGAAAUUGCAUACUUUGUUAAGAAAUUCCAAAAAGUUCUCAAGAAUAGGAGAAAACCUCAAGAUAAAAAGAGUGGAGCCCCUAACAGAUUCACAAAAGCAAAAACUGAAACGUUUAACAAUAAAGGGUCGAGUGAUAAACCACAUAAUGAAUCUGAGACCAGUGAUAGACAGGAAUCUUCUAGUAGUGAGGACGAAGGAAACUAUAUGGCAUUUGUAUCGACUGUUAAGAGUGAAUCUGAUAAGGAGAGUGACAAGGUUGAGGAAGAACUUCCAAACGAUAAUUCUAGUAGAGAUAGGAAGGGUCUAGGAUAUGUUGAGGGUAAUGCACAUGUUGUUGGACCUUCUAAGACUGUUUUUGUUUCUGCCUCUAAGAAAGUUAAUGCUGUUAGUAGUUCAAAUAAGGGUAAGAAUGUUUCGAGAGAACAGAGUCAUCAAUCACGUAGGAACUUCAUACCCAAAUACCCUCAACCACGUACCUUUGAGCCUAGGUUCAUUCCCACCUGUCACCACUGUGGAGCCUUAAGACACACUAGGCCUAGAUGCUAUAGGUUAGGGAAUGAGCAUAAAAAUCUGAACAUUCCUAGUAAGGUUAGCUUUCUGUCUAAUCAGGUUAAUCAUUUAACUGAGAUGCUUACUAAGCUUACUAGGAGUACUUUAUCAUCUAAGAAAGUUUGGGACAAAAAGGGUGAUCUAGCUAGACAUUCAGGUCAAGAAAAGUGUUUUGUUGCUCAUAUUGCAUUGAAAGCCCAAAAUUACAACAUGUGGUACCUAGAUAGUGCAUGUUCUAGGCAUAUGUGUGGUAAUAAGGGUUUAUUCACUACUCUUGAUGAAUGUAACGGUGGUAUGGUUACCUUUGGAGAAGGGGAUUCUGCACCUAUUCUUGGCAAAGGUACUGUACAAAUACAUGGUUUACCUGUGAUCUCUAAUGUGCUUUAUGUGGAAGAGAUGAGUGCUAAAAUUGAUGUGAGUGAACUCUGGCACAAAAGAUUAGGUCAUUUGAACUAUAAGAGUCUAGUACAACUGGCUAAGAAAGAAUUGGUAGAUGGUUUGCCUAAGAUAGGUCCUAGUGAAAAUGUUGUGUGUGGACCAUGUCAACUAGGUAAACAACUUAAGGGGAACCAUAAGAAGACUUCAAAAAUUCUGACCAAAAGACUCCUAGAAUUGAUACACAUGGAUUUAAUGGGACCAUCUAGGACUGAGAGUUUAGGUGGUAAGCAAUACAUUCUUGUUGUGGUAGAUGACUUCUCGAGAUUCACAUGGAUAGAAUUGCUUAGGGAAAAAUCUGAUACAUGUGAUCUCAUAAAGUCUUUGUGUAAACGGCUUAGCAAUGAACUAAAUCUCAAAGUGUCUAGAAUGCGUAGUGACCAUGGAAAAGAGUUUGAGAAUUUUAAUCUUGAUAGUUUCUGUAUGGAUGAAGGGAUAUUGCAUGAGUUCUCUUCUCCUAUCACUCUUCAACAAAAUGGGGUGGUUGAAAGGAAGAAUCGG